AGAGAGAGGACUAGAGAAAUAAAGAGAAAGAGAGAGGGGGCUCUGAGAUGGCAUUCGCUGGAAUACUGACUGAUGCUGAUAUUGCAGCUGGAUUGCAAAGCUGCAAAGCUGCUGAUACCUUCAGCUGCAAGACAUUUUUCUCCAAAUCUGGCUUGCACACCAAAUCGAGGGAUCAGCUAGCAAAAGUAUUUGGAGUCCUUGACCAGGAUAAGAGUGGCUACAUUGAGGAGGACGAACUGAGAGUAAAGUCAAGUAAGGUCAGUGCCUCAAAUGUCUACUUCACCCCAACUGACAUGAUUGGGACAGCAAAAAGUGAUGCUGGAUUUACUCAAUUUACAAUCAUUUGUUUUAGCGAUCGCUCGGAGUUACAAGGGUACAGAUUUUUGACCAGCCUUCACACCUACAAAGUCACAGAGUUUGUAGUCCUGGUUACAAAGGGUUAA